GGAAAAUCUAAAAACUGGUAAUCGUAUCAGAACGUCAACUGUCACUACUCACUGUGGGUGAAAACUGCUGGGAACUUUGUGUUAUUGAUUGCAGCCGGCACAUUUUCGGCAUUUCAUUACAUUUCAACUAUCGUAAAACUUUAACAUAGAAGUAAUUAACGAAGGUACUAAUAAGGAACGAGAAAACAUCGCGUAAUCAGCAAUGAAUUCGCCCUCUACAUCUUCCGCGCAGAACGAAAAAGAACAGCCUGAAAAAUCGAUCGAGGACGAUGCUAUAAAAAACUGGACUCAAAAAGAAAGAUUUCACCUCCUCCAAGGAAUAAAAGACUGCGGCCGACGAGACAUCGAGAAAAUACAAGAAUACGUUAUUACUAAAACUUUUGAAGAAACAAAAAUCGCUGUUGAAUAUUUCACGAAAAAAGCGUUGGAACAUCCGCUAUUCGUCGAAAAACAGCAAGAAGCCAAGCAGAAACCUGCUAAAAAGCAUCAAGCGCCACUGACUGGAUGGGUAAAACUGUUAACAGACUCUUUAAAUAUCAAUGAACUUAGUACAGAGACCGCGACAGCCGUCCGGAUGAUUGCAGACUUAGAAAACUUCCCAGCACCAGAAUGCACUGACAAUAUUGACUUUAGACAGGUUUAUCAUCAAAUUGCCAACGCUAUGGAGGGAAAACCAGUCAAUCUAGACUUGGCGACCAGCGCUGUACUGCGGAAAUGUUUCAUUGAAACCGCAUUGUCAAGCAAGGCAUUUAUUAAAACUGCGGCUUAUAAAUACCUCAUCAAUAAUGUAGAUUUGUCCGAUAGAGAGAUUAAUACGUUCCCGAGACCAACGGAGGAUCAGGAACUUGGUAUACUCAGGCAUUUGGCUUCGCAGCGCAGUUACAAUCCUUUAAAAGUUCCCGAAGACUUUUUGAAGCCAUCGUGUGAGGUUAAGUAUGAAGAUGAGAAUUUAGAUAAUGCUUAAAAAGUAUAAUAACUUCAAUGUAUACAUGAAUUGAACGUAAUUUUGCAUUUUAAAUAUAACCCGCUUGUGUAGUCGACAUGACUGUAUCUCGGAUGGCACGUUAAACUGUAGGUCCCGGCUGUCAUUGAACAUCCUUGGCAGUCACUACGGGUAGUCAGAAGCCUUGGGUUGCCCGGGUGACUGGGUUGAGCAGUCGCAUCUUGUAAAGCGCUGGUACUCAGCUACAUCCGGUUAGACUGGAAGCCGACCACAACAUAGUUGGGAAAAAGGCUCGGAGGAUGAUGAUGUGUAGUCGACAUGAUUUCAAGUUCGAAUCCCAGGUUGGAAAGAGUCAAGGAAUAGAGAGUGCCUAUGCUUGUAAAUGCUUGUGCACCAUAAUAUGUCCCGAUCUUAUAUGAGAUCAGCCACAGUGGCCGACAAUCAGCUAGGAUCACCACCCUCUCGAGUAUGUGGGUGUGGGUGCGAUUCCAGUUCAGGCAAGUACCAAUGCAACUAUUCUAAGUUUGUAUGUACUUUCUAAGUAUAUCUUGGACACCAAUGGCUGAUAAAAAGGUGAAGAAAAACAUCUUGAGGAAACCUGGACUAUAAAGUCUGAAAUCAGCAACCCGCAUUGAGCAAGCAUGGUGAUUGAGGCUCAAUCCUUCUCCGUGUGAGAAGCCUGUGCCCAGAAGUGGGACAAUAAAAAGGCUGUAACAAUUACAUAUUAUUGUAGAGUUUACCAAAGAAAUGAUAAUGAGAUUGUGUGAAAGUUGAUAGGGCUAGAAAGAAUGUUACUUGUGAGAUGAUGGCAGACAAGAAUAUGGAAGGAGAAUGACAUGCUGCACCAACUACAAAUAAAAUUGGGAUAAGGGCAGAAGGAUGAUGAUGAUGACAUAGGAAUACCUUACUAGAUCUAAGUUGUAACUUUAUUUAAGUAUUUAAACAUGUAUUGUGAUACCCUUAUAUUGUUUUGAUACAGUUUUUCAACAAUAAAUACCCAUGUAGACUGAA